AUGGCAACAUCUACCAUACAUGUCAACCUUAUAACCAACAGUGGGGAAUCCGAUGUACUCAAUCUUUGCGACAAACGGAGAGACCUGAAGAAGAAAAAGAACGACACAGAAGGCGCAAAUCAGUACAAAGCAGUCAACCAAGAAAUCAAAAAAAGCAUGAAAAAGGCCAAGGAGAACUGGAUUAAAGAACAAUGUCAGGACAUUAAUGAUAGCCUGGAGACAAACAACAGCAAAAAAGCCUACCACCUGGUGAAAGAUCUGACCAGCACAAAGCAAGGGCGAACCACCACAAUACCAGACAAAGACAAAAAGUGUCUGACGAAGGAACAAGACAUCCUAAAGAGAUUGAAGUCACAAGCAGAGAAGAUAAUCGCAGAAGAACAGGCAGGCUUUAGACAAGGACGCAGUACAACGGAGCAGAUCUUCAACCUCAAGAUACUGUGCGAGAGGUACCUGCAACACCAACAGGACCUCUACCUCGUCUUCGUGGACUUUAAGAAGGCUUUCGACAGGUGCCGUAUACUUCAACAGCAGCAUUGGGGACUGGUUCAGAACCACAGUUGGAGUGAGACAAGGCUGUUGCUCUCUCCCACCCUCUUCAACAUCUUCCUGGAUAGAAUCGUGACUGAAGCCCUGGAAGACAGCGAGGGAACAAUCAGUGCAGAGAAGACCAAACUGAUGACCAACAACACUAACGGCAGCAGCACGGACAUCAAGGUCUGUGGCGAGAAAGUGGAAACCGUCAAAAGCUUCAAAUACCUAGGAGCAAUUGUCAUAGAUGCUGGAUCCAAAUCUGAAAUAUUCACCAGAAUUGCUCAGACCACAGCAGCACACACAAAACUGAAGACCAUCUUGAAGGAUAGGAACAUAGCCCUCAGCUCAAAGAUCAGACUGAUGCGCGCCCUGGUCAUGUUCAGAUUUUUGUAUGCCUGGCUUGCCAAGGCCGUGUUACAAGGCACAGUUAAAGGAGGGAGGAGGAGAGGCAGAAAAAGGAAAAGAUGGGAGGAGAACGUCUCAGAGUGGACAGGGAUGAGGCUCAGCGAAGCCUUCAGACAGUCCGAGAGGCGAGAUGAAUGGAGAGAACUGGUUGCCAGAUCAUCUGUGGUGCCUAACCGGUCGUCCAGACUACGGGACAAGUGA